UCAGCCUCAUUCCGCGCCCUCCUCCACGCGCUCGCUCAUUCCCGGACAACAUGGCAGAGAAGACACAUGACAGUCAUUCCCCGGGUUUAAGUACCGCUCGAGACCACGGGCUGCACCUGCAGAAGAGACAAGCUCGCGUAACGGUGAAAUAUAACCGCAAACAGCUUCAGAAAAGGCUUGACGUGGAGAAAUGGAUAGACGAAGCGCUCGAGGAGCUGUACGAGGGGAAGUUGAAGGACAUGCCAGAGGAGGUGAGCAUUGAUGAUUUGUUGGAGCUCCCAAGUGAUGAAGCGCGAACGCAGAAACUACAGGUGCUUCUGCAAGGCUGCACCAGGAGCACUGAGGGCUUCAUUGCUGAGUUAUUGCUGAAGCUGCAGGGUCUCCACAAACAGGAAGAGUUGCAGAAUGAGGGAGUCGAGCAUCCUUGCCUCCAUGCGUACCCUCAUCACCAUGGUAACAUCCAUCAUCACAGAGACAGCCAUCAACAACGAACCCAUCAAACACUGUGAUUGUAUUCCAGCAGUUGUGGUCAAUGGACUGAGCUCUCUUACACACAGACUCUGGACAUGCAUACUGAAUAUCCAACUAAUACAGCAAGUCCAGAUGUGUUUGUUUACAAACUCAUAUUAGUAGUAAUUAACUGAAUUAAGUUGUGAAUUGCCAUCACUGUUUGUAAGUGAAUAUAUGCUUGUAUAGAAUAUGUGUACAUUGCUUCUAAUAGUUUUGUGACUAAAGUUUGAUUGACAGCAAACCUGCAUACUGUUAGUCUCACUGUUUCGAGCUAAAUCUGUAAAAUUAUGAUUGUUAUAAAGUUUUUAUUCUCUGCAACUUCACAAUAGUUAACACCUUAGCAGUUGUUAUGUAUGUAUGAAAAAUUAACAUCUUUAAUUAUUUUUUAUAAACUGUUUGAUUUAUAAACUAAAAGUUAAUAAAAAAGUAACAAAUA